GCCUCGCAGCUGCACCCGCCGCCGCCCGCCAUCCCUCUGCUCAAGGCCUCCUUCCCCCCGUUCGGCUCCCAGUACUGCCACCCGCCCCUCGGCCGCCAGCAGCACUCCGUGUCCGCCGUCAGCGUGGGGCACGGCCCGGCGCUCUACCAGGGCGCCUACCCGCUGCCCGACCCCCGGCAGUUCCACUGCAUCUCCGUGGACAGCACGUCGAGCCAACUGCCCAGCAGCAAGAGGAUGCGCACCGCCUUCACCAGCACGCAGCUCCUGGAGCUGGAGAGGGAGUUCGCCUCCAACAUGUACCUCUCCCGGCUGCGGCGAAUCGAGAUCGCCACCUACCUGAACCUCUCCGAGAAGCAGGUGAAGAUAUGGUUCCAGAACCGCCGGGUUAAGCACAAGAAAGAAGGCAAAAGCGGAUCCCACCGGGGAGGGGGGCCCGGGCACAGCUGCAAAUGCUCGGCCCUUUCCACCACCAAGUGCUCGGAGGACGACGAGGACUUGCGCAUGUCUCCGUCCUCUUCGGGGAAGGACGACAGAGGCCUCGCCGGCACCCCCUGACCCCCGGCUCCGCAGGAACUGUGCCGGGAGCGGAGGGGGGUCCGCGCAGCCGGAUGAUUUUCUACCGUUUUGUAUAAUCCGUGUUGUUUACGAAAGACUUUCUCGCCUUUCCACACCCCCGACCAGUAGCGGCGGCCGUAGCGGGUCGCCCCGCUGCCAAUAAGGCUCUCCACGGGGACUCCCGGCGUCCCACGUCGCGCUGUCCCACCCGAGGCCGGGGGUCCCCGCAGCCUCCGCGGGCAGAGCCGGACCGGAGGGCAGAGAGCGCAGCGCGGGGCCGAGAGCGGGCGGCCGGGGAGGG